AUGGCAGAUGAGCUCGCGAAACGCCUGGACGGCUUCGACCAGCCCACGGUCUGGCACGAAUUUACACCUCUGGCACUCGAAAAUGGGGCCGUUAAUUUAGGUCAAGGUUUUCCAGACUGGUGCUGCGAAAAUUUUGUAAAGCAGGCGGCUAAAGACGCGCUGGAUGCCGAUUACAAUCAAUAUGCACGCCCACAGGGGCACAGAAAGCUUGUCGAGCAGCUAGCCAAAAAAUACUCGAGGGAGUUGAAUCGAGAUAUUAACUGGGAAAAUGAGGUUGCAGUGGGUGUUGGCGCUACAGAGACCAUCUAUGCUGCUGUCAAUUCGUUCGUGCAGGCAGGGGACGAAGUCAUUAUUUUUGAACCUUCCUUUGACAUUUAUUCAGCCCAAGUAAAGAUGGCCGGUGGUGUGUGUCGCUAUAUUCCGCUGCAAGUGCGCCUAUGUGAUAAAACGGGUUCAAAGGGGUUUUUCAUCAAUGAGCAAAUGUUGACAGCUACCUUUUCAGCAAAAACACGAGCUGUAAUUUUGAACACUCCCCACAAUCCGACAGGCAAAGUGUUUACAACGGAAGAGCUAGAGCUCAUUGCCAAUUACGUGCGUCAACACUCGCGUGUAAUUGUCAUCUCUGAUGAGGUGUACGAGCACAUUCUGUUUGAUAGUCAAAAGCACAGGCGGAUCGCUAGUAUAGACGGUAUGUGGGAUCGUACACUGACAGUGUCAAGUGCUGGCAAAACUUUCUCUGUGACUGGUUGGAAGGUGGGCUGGGCUAUCGGUCCAAGCAAUCUGAUUAAGGGUAUCUAUCUCGCAAACAACUGGAUACAUUUCAGUGUGGCCACCCCUUUUCAAGAAGCCGUCGCAAACAUGUUGGAGCUCGCUGAAAAGCCGUACAAUGGAUUUCCCACGUUUUAUGCCUUCGUUGCCAACCGUUACGAACAAAAGCGCGACCGCCUCAGCCGCGCUCUUGUUGACAUUGGAAUCAUACCUAUCACGCCAGGUGGAGGCAUUUUUUUGUAUUCGGACAUCUCUGCCGUGAAGGUCCCCGACAGCUUUCUUGAGUCUAAUCUGUCUCAUGACUGGGCGUUCUGCCGCUGGCUAACUAUUUCCAAGGGCGUGGCAGCAAUCCCGAGUUCUGCGUUCUUUUGUUCUGAGAAUAAGACAGAGGGCAGUAAUUGGGUCCGUUUUGCUUACUGCAAGACCGACGAAGCUAUUGAAGAGGCCAUCAAACGCCUUUCGGUGAUUCAUUGA